AUGCCAGCGACACCGUCGACCGACAUUGUCGUCGUCUACCAGCGACAAGAAUUCUACGUGCCGACGCCCAGUACGUCCAAUCAAAAGACGCUGCCGGUCGAGUUACUGCAGUGCCAGCUCCUGUCGCUUGUGGGCGUACUGCCAGACGAGCAGCUCCUCGUGUGCUCCUGCACGGGACAUGUGCUAUACGGUCCCAACAAGAGCGACGUGACGGCGAUCCCAGUGUCGACCGAGAGACGGUCGCGCUUUUUCCUCUACUCGGGCACUCACUCUGGCUCAUUGGAAGUGCCCGAGCUCGCAGACGACUGGCAACAGAUUUGCACCAAGAGCACGUUCGGAGACGCGGCUGUGGUGCAACCGGCUUUCCGGGCCGUUGUCCCACAGAGCAGAGACGACGUGCUCGCCACUCUCAUUUGUGAACCCUGUGCCAGGACAUGCACGACAGGUUUCCAGCGAGUGAGUCCGAUCGAGUGGAACGCGUCACGGACAUUGACGUCACGGUUUAUCUCCGACGUCACUCUUGUUGCAGGAGCCAUCGAUAUGGCUGCACCGUCUGGAUACGAAAAGCUGCCGGUGGAGCUGAACUACUCGGCGUCAGGCGACUAUGUGUAUCUGUGUGUGCAGCGUGGAGGACCGCUGGCCUUGACGCAGAUUCACGUGUUACUGGAGCCACAGGGCGCUCAAGAUGUUGCCGCUACUGCUGACGAGUCGAUUGCGUGCACACCAGAACGAGUGGUCGAGGUUGAUCGUUCAUGUGGCGGCACUACAGGCGAUGGGAUUGGACCGACCAUUCGCAUUGGCUAUGACUCGGUGCAACUUGUUGGCAAUAUGGAGCAGUUGGAGACGCUCGCUAUCACUGACAUUGCUGUUGUCGUUGGUGAUCAACCCGCGCCGUCACCUUCGUACGUCAAGGUUACUCGAAAUCUGAACGAAGGCGUGGCGGGCUCUCUACCCGUUUUCCUGUACUAUCGCUUGGCAGCUCUGGGAGGAUUUGUAUGUGAUUCAGGCAGAGAGCACAGCGACUUUGGCGAGUGCCUUUUUGCAUCCCGCCAUUUGACUGGAGUGAGCAGCAUACUGGAUCUGGAUGAACAGCGGUUGAACGUCCCGCGACUUGCGCUGGCGACCGAGCGAAAGCAUGGAGAUGCGCUAGUUCUGAAGGAGCACUAUCGCCAACGGGAACCGGGAAUGUUGGAGCGACUGCAAAGUGGACUGCAACGUGCACAGUCAUACGAAAGUCGAGCGAUGCAGCUGGAGGCCCUCAAGCGCAUUCCAGUGGACGAGCUCCAGGAACGUGCACGAGCCAACCCGUCACCAUUGCCACACGCUCAGGACGAAUUGGUCAAGCAGUUAUUGCACUGGUUUAAGCACGAGUUUUUCACAUGGAUGAAUCAACCUCGUUGUUCUGUCUGUAAUAACGAGAGAACGAGAUCGGUGCGGAUAGAGGGCCCUAGCACUGCUGAAGAGAUCGCUGGCCAGGCCGGCCGUGUCGAAGUGUACCAGUGCCUUGCGUGUGGUGCUUUUACUCGAUUUCCUCGCUACAAUGAUCCAGUGAAGUUGCUAGACACACGCACUGGCCGAUGUGGAGAAUGGGCAAACUGUUUUACGCUAUGCUGCCGCGCGAUGGGAUUCGAGGCUCGAUACGUCCUUGAUGUGACGGACCACGUGUGGACUGAGGUAUACUCCGAGCACUAUAAGCGCUGGCUGCACUGCGACUCAUGCGAAGACCAGCUUGACUGCCCUUUGACGUAUGAGGUCGGAUGGGGUAAGAAGUUGUCGUACAUUUUUUCGUUCGGUCAUGACGAAGUGGUCGACACGACUAGGCGAUACACCUGCAAAUGGUCUGACACUCUUACCAGGCGUCAAGACGUAAGCGAAGAAUGGCUGAUCAAGACAAUCAGUCAACUGAACCACAGCCUACGGGAACGGCAAAGUCCUGAACGAGAAGUCAUUUUGACGUCGCGUGCCGAAAGCGAGCGCGAAGAACUUCUCCGUGGUCGCUUCGUACAAAAGACUGAAGUAAAGGGCCGUGUUUCGGGAUCGGCCGAGUGGAAAGAUCAGCGCAACGAAGCUGGAAAGCAAGAAGAAGAACUAAUCGACAAUGAGCCAUCUACAGCGAAGGUGUCGACUACUGUACCGCUUGCAGAGAUCAUGCAAAGUGUUUGCAAAAACCUGGUGGUCGGCUGCCACUUCGCGGAAUGCGCAAACCCGUUUUGCUUCACUGGCCGGGCACGAUUGAGUUAUCCGGAUGUGCCGUCUGACGCAAAUGAGCGGGCUGCGCAAGCUAUCCAGAUUGUGACAACGUUAAGCUCAAUGGGGUUUUCGCCAGCAAGUCUGAUGAUGGUCUUGUGUCCAUCGAAAUCGACAGAGCUGCGUCAGUUUUUGUGGAAGAAUCAACCGCUGCUGUAUUUGCCGCUGCAAGAUUUUCCCAUGACAUGUACUGAUGGAAGCAUGCAUCUAAUUGACAUCUCGGGCAACGGUAAUCAUGCGAACAAUACGCAGCACUGUGCGUUGCGUAAGCCGUUCCGGAUUCAGAGACCGAACCAGAUACUUGACACAUGUAAUGAGGCUCAAGGCCAAAGGGAUGACAACGCAUAUGGCAUGCAGCUUAUCGGGGGUAAGCAGUUAUCCGUUCAGGGACCGAGUCUGACUUGUCGUACGAACUUUAUGCUGUCACUCCUUGUUCGCUUCGAUCCAAAUAAGUCACGGGGCGUUGUAGAGUCGGACACGGUGAACGUCUUGGCUGGUCGAGUAGGAUUGCCCGAAUCCUCCUCCUCCAUCGAGUUUCGUAUGCACUGGAAGUUUCUUGAGCGGCGGUUUUUUUGUGAGCUUCAAUGUCACAACAAAUUAGUGGAAACGACUGUGCCUCCCACAUCGUUGUCAAUUGUGGGUGGGUACGCGCAUAUCUCUAUAGCUCGAGUCGAAAAUGCUGUCGCGUUAUAUAUCAACGGAACGGAAACACUGGUGCUGGAAGGGGCAUGUGGGUUGAGCACAAAUGAUGUGUGUAUCCAGGGGCCUACCAGCACGUGUCCAAGCGUUGUUACUGUAACCAGCCAUGUCGCAAUGAUACCUGUGAAGACCUUGCAGGAGGCUGAAACUUUCUGCACUGGAAUGAAGAUGUAUGUACCUGCUACUCCUUUGAAGGCAUAUGGGGCCGAUGGAGAACGCCCUGGCGAGACAUGUCUUGAAGCUGCAGCUGGCGCUGGAUCAGAGUACCGUAUCGCAAAGAUCUUGAUGUGGGGAGAUGACUUUUUUGACGGCCUUCAAUUUGUUUACGAAAAGAUCGUACAAGAAGACAGCGCAACUGUUGCUUCUGGUUCUCCGGCCACCGUCUUUGGCACUUUGGUGGGAAACUCCUCUGCGAAACGUCGAUCGUCACAACCGACAGCCAGCCUUGACCUGCUGCCGGACGAGAGCAUCAUACGAGUUGGUGGUCGGAAGGGUGCUUGGGUCGAUCGCAUGACGCUGCACACUAACUUUGGACGCUCAGUGACAUGCGGAGGGAAAGGAGGAGAUAGCUUCAUUGUACCUGCGUCUGCCGAUAGCGAGAUCCGCUUCAUCUCCUUCAGGAUCGGAGAUCACCUGUCUGACGCUUGUGCGUUUGUGCUUCCAGAGUCUCCGCUCAAAGCGCGUGAAGGCAAACUGAUCCAAGACCUUCUGGAUAUCCUAUCCUCCGAGGAGCAUUCAACUCGCUUGAACGCGAUUUCUGCAGCGUUACGAUACCUAGGUAACAUUGCGCAACAGCCAGAAGAAGCCAAGUUCCAGCGUAUUCGCGCCAGCAACAAGUUUUUUGCAUCAACUGUUGGUGUCCUCGUCAGCGACGUAGCCAACUCUUUCAUGAGUUGGUGCGGCUUCGAAGAAACUUCGGAUCAAGGAGACCAGUUCUUCACCUUCAAGCCAUCGCGGCUGCAAGACGAGCCGACAGCGCAGCGAUUAGCAGCGGAGGCUCAAAAGCGGAUCCAUCUUCUGAAGAAUGCAGGUUUGCAGUAG